AAUUACCAUACCAUCUCUUUCAGAGUCUUCUCCAAACUUGCUGGCCAAGUGGCAAGCGAUUAGAGAGGGGGUAGCGGCAGAAACCCCCAGCCCCGACGCCAGGCACAUUUCAGACGGGCAAGUCCCGGGACGCGGCGACCCCUGCAGUCCGGCCGCCGAACUGCGUCGGCGAAGCGGGGCAAUAAAAGGGCUGAGCUCGGACGCGGCUCGACAGCAGUUCCAAGCGGGGUCCGGGCGCACACGGCACGGCAUGGCUGAGAGUCAGCUGCCGCCCUACCUGAACCUGGCCGAGCUCACCGCCUCGCAGUUCCUGGAGGUCUGGAAACAUUACGAUGCAGACGGCAACGGUUAUAUCGAAGGCAAGGAGCUGGAGAAUUUCAUCAGGGAGUUACAGCGAGUGAGGAAAGGGGCGUGCGUGGAAAUACAGAUGAAGGAGUUUAUGGAGAAAUAUGACAAGAAUGCAGAUGGAAGGAUUGAGAUGGCUGAACUAGCGCAGAUACUUCCAACCGAAGAGAACUUCUUACUGUGCUUCCGGCAGUGUGUGCGGUCCAGCGGAGAAUUCAUGCAGACCUGGAGGAAGUACGACGCAGACUGCAGUGGCUAUAUCGAAGCAAAUGAACUGAAGAGCUUCCUGAGGGACCUGUUGAAGAAAGCCAACAGACACUAUGAUGACAAGAAACUGCAGGAGUAUACACAGACGAUACUGAAAAUGUUCGACGCAAAUGGCGAUGGGAAGCUGGGGCUCUCAGAGAUGGCACGCCUAUUACCUGUUCAGGAAAAUUUUUUGCUAAGGUUCCAGGAUGACAGAGGAUCAAAGGUAAGUUUCAGUGCUAAGGUGAUUUUAAUUUCACUUACAACAUUCCAUAUUAACAACUGAUGUCACCUGUGUUGCUGUGUUUGUGUUUGAGUUUUUGUUUUCGUGAAUAUCUCUGUUUUACUGUGUGUUCGUGUUCAUGAAUCGAAGAAAAGUUGUUGAUAAUUUGCUGCCUUGCAAGCUGCAUAGCCAGAUCAACAAACUUAGCCUUUUUAUAACGUUCUUCGCUGCCCUACCUCCCAUCGUCCCCCAGACCCCUGUCCAUCUCUCAAAUUCCCCCGUACCCUUACCCCACUUCCCAUCUUUCCCCAAACCCCUGCCCCGUCUUCCCUCAGCCACUCUGCAGGUCUAUUUCUAUUCACUUCUAUCUUUUACACGUUCCCUGUACUUUUAUCCUGUUUCUGUUCAUCCUUGUGGCUCUUAACUCACCCCUAUCCAAUAUUUCAAUCUUUUGUUCAUCCAACCCCCCCCCCCCCACACCCUGUUUUUGAAGCCAUGGGCCAUUGUACGCUUGUUUGCUGGACCUCUGCCCACUCCACCUCAUUCACCCUCAAGACUUGGAACAGAAUUAGUAUUUCACUUGGCCUCCUAUGUCUCAGUCCAUCUUCCCCCUCCCUUUCCAGGGAUCUGCCCCCCUCACAUCUCAUCCCAUUAAACUUCAACGUGAUUUUAAUGAGUCUCAAUUUCCUUUGCUUUCCUUUCACUUCUCUAUAAGCCUGCAUCUCUUCAUCUUUUGUGAUGCUUGUUAGGUAAAUUCAAGUGUGCGGUAGCAAAAUCUUAAUGGGAAGAAAGUUUAGCUCUGAAGAAACUUUUUCAGGUACAACUAAUAAUAAAUGUAACAUCCUGCUAUUGUGACUUCUAUUAUUCAUAAAACAUUAAUGGAGAGACCAGAAAUCUCAUACGGAACCGAUUACUUAUGACAAAUCUUUAACCAUGCGAUGUAUCGUCCUUAUAAAAUUCUAGACAGUAAACCUCAAACAAGAUAACAUUUCAGAGGGCCUAAAGAUUGCAAGUUUUAGUAUAGUCUGAAAGAAGAUGGUGAAGUAAAGAGGAUUAGGGAUGGAACUUUUGAGCUGGAACAAGGUAUGGGUGGAGGAGCUGUUUAAAAUGUGGGCACAGUUGGAGUUUCACAGAAGUAAGGAGGAGUGUAGAACCAGAGGGAGUUGAGGGAUGUGGAGUGACUCUGGGCUUAAGGGAUACCAGAAAUCAGAAUAAAUUGUCAAUCACAGGAGUUGAUGUGGGCCAAGAGACUCAGAUGAGCCAUAUUUAAGAAGGGAGAAGAUGGAAGAACAAUGGAGAUGUCAGCCGUGAGUUGACAAGGGGUGAAAUUAAAUGUGGGCCCUGAUUUGACUUGGUGAUGGAGCAAGUGUGUUUGGGGUUAAACACAACACGAGGAUUACCAGUGCUCCUCUUUAGCCUCAGACAGCGAGGGAAAUGACAAUUGGGGCAGAAUAAGAGGGACUGUUCACUGCCGCUGGCUCGCAGACCCUAGUUUUCUCAGUGUGGAGUUUGCAACAUUCUCCCUCAGACCACUGAGGCUUCCCCAUGGCCCCAGUUUCCUGUCCUCAUGUAGCUUGGUGGGUGAAGUGGCCCCAGUUUCCUGUCCUCAUGUAGCUUGGUGGGUGAAGUGGCCCCAGUUUCCUGUCCUCAUGUAGCUUGGUGGGUGAAGUGGCCCCAGUUUCCUGUCCUCAUGUAGCUUGGUGGGUGAAGUGGCCCCAGUUUCCUGUCCUCAUGUAGCUUGGUGGGUGAAGUGGCCCCAGUUUCCUGUCCUCAUGUAGCUUGGUGGGUGAAGUGGCCCCAGUUUCCUGUUCUCAUGUAGCUUGGUGGGUGAAGUGGCCCCAGUUUCCUGUCCUCAUGUAGCUUGGUGGGUGAAGUGGCCCCAGUUUCCUGUCCUCAUGUAGCUUGGUGGGUGAAGUGGCCCCAGUUUCCUGUCCUCAUGUAGCUUGGUGGGUGAAGUGGCCCCAGUUUCCUGUUCUCAUGUAGCUUGGUGGGUGAAGUGGCCCCAGUUUCCUGUCCUCAUGUAGCUUGGUGGGUGAAGUGGCCCCAGUUUCCUGUCCUCAUGUAGCUUGGUGGGUGAAGUGGCCCCAGUUUCCUGUUCUCAUGUAGCUUGGUGGGUGAAGUGGCCCCAGUUUCCUGUCCUCAUGUAGCUUGGUGGGUGAAGUGGCCCCAGUUUCCUGUCCUCAUGUAGCUUGGUGGGUGAAGUGGCCCCAGUUUCCUGUUCUCAUGUAGCUUGGUGGGUGAAGUGGCCCCAGUUUCCUGUCCUCAUGUAGCUUGGUGGGUGAAGUGGCCCCAGUUUCCUGUCCUCAUGUAGCUUGGUGGGUGAAGUGGCCCCAGUUUCCUGUCCUCAUGUAGCUUGGUGGGUGAAGUGGCCCCAGUUUCAAUGCAUGGCAAAAGAAUCAAAGGAGAAAUCUGUGAGAAAGAGGACGCUGCAGGAAUACAAAGGGAAUGGGAAUGAUGUGAAGCUGAGGGAUACAGGGGAAUGGGAGUGAUGGGAAGCUGAGGGAUACAGGGGAAUGGGAAUGAUGGGAAGCUGAGGGAUACAGAAGUGAUGGGAAGCUGAGGGAUACAGGGGAAUGGGAAUGAUGGGAA